CUUUUUUGUUGUUGCUUGUUCAAAUAUAUUGUAUUUUUGUUUUUAUGUUUGAGCUUUGUUUUAGGCUUCCCUUUGAAGGGAAGCCGCCGUGGAAAGCGACCAAAGGCAGGGCCACUCAAGAAAAAGUGGCCCAGAAAAAGGGUAGCCGAGAGAGGUAGCCAGAGAAGAAGGCCACGGAAGGAAAGUGGCCCAAGGAAAAUGGUCCAAGGACAGCCACCAAGGAAAGGUGACCAAGAAAAGCGGCCGGCAGGAAAAGGAAUCCAAGGAAAGAGGGCCACACAGGGAAAGUCGGCCAGAGGAAAGUGGCCCAGGGAUGGCCACCAAGGAAAGGUGGCCUAGAAAAAGCGGCCGACGGGAAGAGGGCCACAGAGAAAAAGUGGCCCCGGAAAAGUGGCCGCACCAGAAAAAUGACCCAAGUAAAUGGCCUGGCCAAGGAAAGUGGCCGCAACGAAGGCCAAGAAGCAAAGUCCACCGAGGACAACCGAGGAGAAAGGUCCCAACAAAGCCGGACCACCACCAGCCAGCAAGCGAAAGAAGGCGGACAAGGUCGCCAAAAGAACGCCCAGAAAAACCAAGUCGCGAAAACACCGCGAACAGAAUGCCGCAAGCCAAACGACAGGCAACGGACAACGGACAAAUGGCAACAGGCCACAGGCCACAGGCAACAAGGAAGGGUGAAGCACCAAGGGACGAAGUUCCAAAGGACGAGAUACCAAAGGACAAGGCGGCACAAGAGGCACAGGACGCAACGACAGGCAACCACAAAAGAGCGCAACAGACAAGGACCAGCAACAACAAGGACAAGAACCACAGCAAAAAAGGAAAAAAAAAAGAAACAAGCAAAAGAAGAGAAAAG